AGCUUCCGGAGAUCGCUGCUGGGCUCGAUCCUCAGCGCAAGACGCGACCAUGGCGGCUGUGGUUGCAGCUGCUUUUGGGGAAGGCGAGGACCCCGCACCAGAAACGGAGGCGCUGGCCGCGUCCCGGGAGCGGAGCAGCCGCUUCUUGAGCGGCCUGGAGCUAGUGAAGCAGGGUGCCGAGGCGCGCGUGUUCCGCGGCCGCUUCCUAGGCCGCGCGGCUGUGGUCAAGCACCGCUUCCCCAAGGGCUACCGGCACCCGGCGCUGGAGGCGCGGCUUAGCCGGCGGCGGACUGUGCAGGAGGCCCGGGCGCUGCUCCGCUGCCGCCGCGCAGGAAUAUCUGCUCCAGUUGUCUUUUUUGUGGACUAUGCUUCCAACUGCUUAUACAUGGAAGAAAUUGAAGGCUCAGUUUCUGUUCGAGAUCAUAUUCAAUCCACUAUGGAGACUGACAAAUCUCCCCAAAAUCUCUUUGGCUUAGCCAAGACAAUUGGGCGGGUUUUGGCUCGAAUGCAUGAUGAAGACCUUAUUCAUGGGGAUCUCACAACCUCCAACAUGCUACUGAAACCCCCCUUGGAACAGCAGAACAUUGUGCUCAUAGACUUUGGACUGAGCUUCGUCUCAGGACUUCCGGAAGAUAAGGGAGUAGACCUCUAUGUCCUGGAGAAAGCCUUCCUCAGUACCCAUCCCAACACUGAGACUGUGUUUGAAGCCUUUCUGAAGAGCUACUCUGUCUCCUCCAAAAAGGCCAAGCCAGUGCUAAAAAAGUUAGAUGAAGUUCGCUUAAGAGGAAGAAAGAGGUCCAUGGUUGGGUAGAAGAGUGAUGACCACACACAGUUAAGCUCUUUUUUCAAAGUAAAUGUAAAGAACUGCUGGGCAUCUAAGGUUAUACCUAAAUAAAAGUUUUUUGUUUUUUUUUUUAA